GCGUGGCGCUGCCCGGCGACGGCGAGUGCGUGGCGGCCGUCCGGACGCAGAUGGCGCGCGGCCAGCAGAUGAUCGUCAAGUGGGCGCCCCGCUCCACGUCGGGCAACAUCGGCGUGGCGUUCUGCGUGGACCAGUCGCAGGGCGACUGCUACGUCCUGGACCUGUUCGCCUACCGCAACAGGCAGCUGGGCUUCUCGUGGCGCCACCACAGCGCCCUGGAGGCGGGCCCCGGCGCGUGGGUGCCGGGCCGCGACGACCUGCUGCCGGAGAGGCACAUCAAGACGGGUGGCGAGAAGGAGCCCGGCUGGCACGGUGACUCCAACAACUACCUCAUGAUGGUGUCCCUCACCACCGACGGCAAGGUGGCGCUGCGCGCCGACGGUCUGGACCCCGUCCACAUCAGGCAGCUCGUCUUCCCGCUCCCGGAGGCCUACACCACCGUGGCCGUCGCCUCGGCGCAGCGCACCGGGGAGUACACCAUCAUGGCCG